AUGCACUUCGCCACCAUCCUCAUCACCGCGGUCGCGACCCUCGCAUCUACCGCAACAGCUGCCCCCAAGACUGAAACCUUCGCAACAGCCAGCGUCUACGCCUUCAACCGAGACAAGAACACUCACAAGUUCGUCGACGUUCCUUUCGGCAAGCUCACGCACAUUGACUACCAAAUCACCGAUCUUGAGCUCCGCGGCGUUCAGUUCCUUCUCCCCGACGGCGAAAAGAUCGACCCCGACAAGGUGACCUGUCAGAUGUACAAGGACAGCCUUGGCACCCAGCCUGGAAGCGCUGCUUUUACGAAGCAGACGCCUGCUCAUAUCAGUCUAUUCAACCCCGUUCAAUUUGGAUGGGUCUUGUGCUAUGUCAACGUUGGUAGUGCCUAA